AUGUCGAACAAGAACAAAAAGCAGUCGGAAAAUGCAACAACUAAGGAGGAAGAGGUUGUCCAGAUCAACAAAUGGGAUGGUACUGCGGUGAAGCACGCGCUGGAUGAUUCGGUGAAGAAUGCGCUGAUGGAGCACAGCAACAUGAAGGAACAUUUCGCUAUCAUUGACGGGCGGCUGUUUAUCUGUGCGCAGGCAGUUGCGAUCGCACUGGUUGCCCUCGGUUAUGACUACCAGUAUUCGUUUCCCGCUUCGAAGCCGGUGCUAAUCGUGUGCGUAUGUUGCUACUUCUUCCUGAUGGGCGUGCUGACCAUCUACACGACGUACGUCGAGAAGGGUAUCUUUGUCGUAGGCAACCAGAAAGACGGCAACGGCAACGUGAAACGAUGGCAGGCAAGUUCGGAUAUGAAGAAAUAUGAUGAUAAGUAUGAGCUGACGGUGCAGCUGAGGGAUUCGCGCGGCAUUCGGGAAGCCACUGUCACCAAGUCGGUUGCAAACUUCAUCGACGUCAACGGGGUCGUGCUGGAUGAUUUGGUGGCCAGCGAAGUUAACCGUAUCGUAAAUUCGCUCAACGCUGACCGCAAGGAUAAGUAA